GUCAUUUGAAUGAGGAGCCGCGUGCCCCCCGCGGCCGGUAGCGCCCCCUGGCGGCGGCGGGCGGGCUCGAGCUGCCUCCGGAUCAACCCCGGCCCGGCGCCGACCCAGUCCGUCGACCGACUCCGAGCAAGUGAGCUGACGGCUGACGAGGUCCGUCAGCAGUGCGCGCGUGCUCGUGUGUGUGCGUGUGUGUGAGUGAGAGAGAGAGAGAGGGUGAGUGUAAGUUUGUGUGAGUGUGUGAGUGGGGCGCGAGUCUUCGUCGCGGAUGCGGUUCCGCAGCUCGGCAGCAGUGCAGUGCAGAAAUGUGCAAGUCCGCGCGAUGGUGGGUGGCGUUCAAGGGGGGCGACCUGCCCCCGAGCCGGCUGUGGGCGCUGCUGCUGAUGCUCAGCUCCCACCACAUGAUCGUCGCCUUCAACCACGCCAUGUACGUCUUCCAGGCGUACAGGCCGCCCAUGGCCUGCAUGGAGCUCGCGCCCGACGGCAACUACGUGGCGUCGCCCGCCGACUGCCAGGUCAACUGCACGGGCCGGUACGUGUUCCUGGGCGCCGACGACGACGCCACCAUCGUCACUGAGUGGAUGCUGGUGUGCUCGCGGGCCGCGCUGCAGCCCCUCAUGGGCUCGCUGUACUUCCUGGGCGUGGCGGUGGGCGCGCUGACCACGGGCUUCCUCGCGGACCGGCUGGGCCGCCGCCCCGUCAUGGCGGGCUGCGUGCUGGGCCAGGCCGUGCUGGGCAUCGGCGUGGCGUUCGCGCCCAGUCUGGAGGCCUUCGCCGUGCUGCGGACGCUGCACGGCGUCUUCGUGCAGGGCUUGCAGGGCACCACGUUCACGCUGCUCAUGGAACUGUUCCCGGGCCACCUGCGCACGGCGGUGGGCGUGGUGCAGGAGAUCUACUGGGCGAUGGGGCUGGUGGUGCUGUCGGCGCUCGCCUACCUGCUGCCGCACUGGAGGGACCUGCAGCUCGCUGUGUCCGCGCCCUCCCUGGCCGUGCUGCUCUUUCUGCCGUGGGUGCCGGAGUCGCGGCUGUGGCUCGCCUCCAGGGGGCACUCGCCACCGUUCAAACGCGGCCUGCCCGGCCACGGCAGCUACCGAGAGAAGAAGGAGGUUGACGGCUUCUCGACGCUGCCCCGGGAGGAUGCCGGCCGCCGCGGCGACGGCCAGUCUACCUCCGUGAGCGUCCUGGACCUGGUGGCCGCGGGCGGGCUGCGCCUCUACACGCUGUGCAUGGUCGGGGUGUGGUUCACGGUCGCGCUCUCGUACUACGUCAUCACGUUCGGCAUGCCCUCCAUGACCGGUGACCGCUUCGCCAACUUCGCCCUGGGCGCGGCGCUGGAGAUGGCCGCGUACUCCGCCACGUUCGUCGCGCUCUCGCGGCUCGGCCGUCGCAUCCCUCUAUCCGUCCUCCUGGGCUGCUCGUCGGUGGCCUCCUGCGGCGUGGCCUUCAUCCUGGUGGGCUCGGGCGGCGACGGCGGCAUCCCCGCUCUGGUGCUGGUGAUGGCGUGCAAGGCCACCCUCGUCAGCUGCUUCUGCACCAUGUUCAUCUACACCGGCGAGCUGUUCCCGACCGGCAUCCGCUCCGCCGCCCUCGGUAUCUGCGGCUUCAUGGGCCGUGUCGGCAACCUCCUCUCCCCGCAGGUGAUGCACCUUGGCGACGACGAUCGCGCGUGGCUGCCCUUCGUCCUCAUCGGCGCCCUGCUUCUGGCCGUGUCGAGCAGCUCGCUGCUGCUGCCCGAGACCCUCGGGUCCGAGCUUCCCGCCACCUUGGAGGACGCUAUCGCCCUGCGGGUGCGCGGGCGCGCCAAGGGUCGUGGGACCCCGAGGGGCUCGGACAGCGCCGAGCAGCAGCCCCUCAACAACACCUUGACCUACUCACCGAAUGGGGCCCCAGCCAAGCUCAACUUGGACGACUACAAGGUGCCCGACUGGAUGUCGGAUAUCCCGCAGUUGGAGCCGGAGAAGGUACAGACCGCCAAGAAGAGGGGGUCCAUGUCCGCACUGGAGCUCGGCCAGGGCCUCCUGGAGGAGCUAAACAAGACACCGGCGCCUGGACGGGCGGACAGGGCGCGCUCUAUGUACCUGGAGACCAACCUCGACGACCCGGCCCUCCUAGACGCCCAGCAGCCCGCCACCCACAAGACCACGGUGGCGUCCGCCGUCUAACCCACCGAGUGGGGCGUGGUUAGCGUUUUCAGUAUUACCCCUCGCAAUGACUUUUCUGAAGUGUCUUCCCGGAAGCUUCACGGUCUUGGGGCGUGAGAGAUUUCAUCUUUGUGAGACUGACUUUGUACGAGUACAUUGUACUUAGUAUCUUUAUUUUUACUCGUUCACAUAGGGCAGCCAAACUGCAACAGUUAAAGUACAAACUUUUAGCCGUCAAGAAUACAUGUGUCGUUAGACCAAACGGUUGGCUGGUGUAAAGAGAACUAGAGCUCCUAAUUUAUUUUUAUUACAGCUUUGUUGUUAAGAAUAAAAUAAACUGUCGUCAAUCGAAA